AUGGAGCGUCAGCUUAGAUUCUUGACGUCCCCUCAGGGUGGCGAGGUUCAACAACGGCGACUGCAGCUGGGAGAGGCUGGUCUUCAGGAGCACGUGCACGAGAAUUUCCCAACUGUCAUCAACAAGGUCGAGUCGGCUCCGAUAGGGGAAAGGCAACAACGGGACGCCAUCGACUCUACCGGUACCGUAAGGCCUUGUCCUAGAGCUAAAUGGAGUCACCAAAUGAAGCUAUUUAUUAUUCAACUCUUAAAAGAUCAUGAUGUGCCUGGUUUUCGAAACCAAAAUGCAUGGAGUAAGGAAGCAUGGACAAGUAUUACUUCUCAAUUGAAUACCAAGUUUGUUGUGUCAUUCACUGUUAACCAAGUCAAGCAAAAAGAGCAGGAUUUAAAAAAAGAUUAUCGAAGUGUAAAAGACUUGUUAGCUGAAAGUGGUUUUGGAUGGGAUAGCGUGAGAAUGAUGGUAGAUGCACCAGCAGAUAUUUGGGCCACAUUUGCUGCUCGCAAGAACAGCAAGGAUGCCCUCCAAUGGCGAGACAAGUCUUUCCCAUACUAUGAUGAAUUGGUUCCACUCUAUGACGGCCGUCAUGCUGAAGGAAGGACUCGUCGUGGUAUGGACUAUUAUGCAAGCUGGGCAAAUAAUGUGGUGAUUUCUGUUGAUGAACAGCCUGAUGUUUAUCAGUCUCCAUCACCUACUUUACAAGGUGCCAGAGAAUAUGGUAUGCAUUUCUCUAUUGAGGAAGAGACCGAGGAUUUCAUUGCGGAUGCUGCCCAGUGUUCAUCAACACCUUUUCAACAAAUGAAAUCCACACCAAGCUCUGCACAAGCACGUACUGAGAAGUCUAGCAGCAGACGUGCAAAAAAACAAAAGAGAAGUACUGUUGAACCUCCCGAGGGAUUUCAUGAGAGAUACCUAAAGCUGAAGCAGGAAGAAAUAGACCGAUUUGCAGGUAUCGAGGAGAAGAAAGCUUCUAUUGAGGAGAAGAAAGCAGAGGAUCCCUACAACAUUAACAAGUGUAUUAUAACUCUUGAAGGGUUAGAUGGUCUACAAGUGAGUGACAUUUUGUUGGCGUCAGAUAUCUUCCAAGCAAAAGAUCACAGGGAAGUUUUCUUAUCAUUUUCUAGUGAUGAACUACGGUUGGCUUGGAUUAAAAGGGAGAUUACACGUAGCAACACAAAUUAUCAGUGCUAG